UCGGCGUGGGUUUUGCUGGUAUUGUUAGAUUGUUAGCGUGGGUUGAAGUGAUAAUUAUUUACUUAAAAUUCUUGCUGAAAGUGUAAUAAAAAGGCUAUAAGUUAUAAAAAAUAGAGCAUGGUAAGGUGCCUGAUUCAUAAAAGCAACAAAUAAUAUAAAAGAUAGUUAGAAUGUCGCAACAGUACAGCUUGCGUUGGAAUAACCAUCAACCUAACUUCAUAUCAAUGUUUACUACAUUGUUGAAUACACAAACCCUCGUAGAUGUGACAUUGGCUGCAGAGGGCAAGCAUUUAAAAGCACAUAAAGUGGUGUUGUCUGCUUGCAGUACUUAUUUUCAGGCUGUUUUAGUUGACAAUCCUUCAAGGCAUCCAAUUGUGAUUCUUAAAGAUGUCUCAUAUUCUGACCUUCGUACCAUGGUAGACUUUAUGUACUAUGGUGAAGUAAAUGUAACCGAAGAACAACUACCACAAGUACUUGAUACAGCAAAGCUCUUGAAAAUCAAAGGGCUCACAGAAAUGCCAGAAUCCACCUCUCUGACGCGUUCCCAGGGGACUUCUGCAGACUUCCAGUCCCCAGGUGACUCAAUAGACUCCCAAAGACACUCAUCUUCACCGGCUGCCUCGCCUUCAAACAAACGUAGAAGACGACGAAAGAGUUCAACUGGUUCAACAUCUUUGAACAUGGUACCGGAAGAAAAUAGAAAUGAUGAACCGGGACAGUCUGUUGAUUUAGUGCGAGGAGAUUCAAUCACCUUGAGCAGUGUGCCGCAACAAAGACGCAUGAGGGAUUUCCAAGAUGAGCAAAUGGAGAAUGUACAACAGCCGACUGAUCAACACAGCCUGCAUGUGGACCAGUUGUCGUUGGAUAACAAUUCAGCUAUUAUUCCACAAGAUGCGUUUUCUUCUGAAUCGAGUCUACGCUUGCGUCGCUCGAAGUUCUCAAAGCGUCAAAGCCGAGUCCCCGACGAACGUGAAAUGAGGAAGCAAAUGUCUGAACCUGCGCCUCUCGCGGCCCUGCCGGUGUUGCAGAAACAUGAGUCCUACCCUCAAUACACCUCUAACAAGAGCCGGCGUUUGAAGCCACAGGAACGUGAGGUUGGUUCGCUGCUGAUACGUUUAGUUGAUCGUCAGUCAUCAACCGCAACUUCGACUGCAACGUCGUUCGAUAUGCAAAUGGGUGAGGGCGGCGUUCAGACGCAGCGCGCGAGCCACACACCUGCGGUGCGUGAUGGCCCCCCUCUCAGCUGCAACUUCUGCUGGAACACCGUCGACGAGUGCGGCAGAAUCCUGCGCCGCAAGACACAGUACCAUUGCCCCGAAUGCCGCACCAACCUCUGCAUUGUACCCUGCUUCCAUGAGUACCAUGACCUGCCGGAGGCCGAAUCGAACGCAAGCGCCAGAUGAAUCAUACAGUACGCCCCACGGCGAACCCCAGUCACGUUAAAAAGUGAUACUAACGCAAAUGCAAACAAUGAUUGCAAAAAACAGCGUUAAUUCGAUUUAAAUGACAUUCAGUGCAUCGUUGCGAUUCAGUAUUGAUUUCUGUUAACGUUAUCGAUUUGCUUGUCUUCAACGUUUGUACUGUAAGUAUUACAUUUUUAAAUUCUUACAACGAUCCGAACAGUGCAUGUUUUUAACAUUGUCAUUUAUUUUAUACAGUGGAUGCAGUCUUGUCCACAAGUUUCUAUCGUUUUAAUUAAUAUAAAAUGUUGGUUAAGUAUUUUAUAAUUCUAAUGCUUGUAAAAGUUUAUCGUAGUCAGUGUUUUUUUUUCAAAUAUGUGUAUUUUUAAUUUUUUAAAUGAUGUACGUGACUUGACGUUAGUUUUAUUCGUGGACUUUUUAAUGUAAUAACUGUUGAUGUAUUAAUCUUGCCCUUAAUAUUUUCUAAUACAUCUAUAACAGAUGUGUUUCUACACUUUAAUGUACAUAUUAAUAUGUAAAUUUUAAACUCUGUUUGAGAAGUUACACUUACCAAACCAAAAUUAUAAUUUUUGUAAUAUAAUGUAAACAUAUCCAAAACUUACAAUUUUAUUAUCUGUAAUAUCUAUCUACAUUGUGAGAAGAUUUCGAAAUUAACCUAAGAUUUUUAAUGUUACGUUACCUAAAAUAUGACAAAAUCAUAUAAUGGUUAUAGAAUAAAAAUAUUUUCUCAAUUGAUGUAUAUAAAAUAGAAAUUACAUUUGCAUGUUUAAGCAAAUUGACAAAAAUCUUUGUACAUAAAUAUUUUUGGCAUGAGAACAUGUAGCAGUAGCCAUUUUAAAACACGUUCUAUAUAAAUUAAGUAUGUAAUAAUUUAAAGUAGUUUGUGGUAAUGUUUAAUGGUGCACAGAAUAGUGUUACCUUAUAGGAGUGUUAAAGGCAGCGGUGAUAUAUGUAUGAUUAAUAUUUAGUAGCAUUUUUGAAAUGCGAUAAGACAAAAGAGUUAUUUUUUUUGUAAUCGUUGCCACUCCAAUGUAAAGCAUUGGCAGUCUUUUCAUACUUUUAUCGUUGAUUUAACAUUAGUAAUCUAGUUACUUAAAUAAUUGAACUUUGUCUAGAGGCUUAUCGCAUAGGGUGUGCCAAAGUACCCUAAACACUUUUUAAGGUAUUUGCGAUAGCUAGACCGAACUUUCUGUGUUUCAAGGAUUAAAAAUGUUUGUAGAUCACUUAUCGGCAUCUACAAAUACCUGCAAACAAUGCUGUUCGAUUGUGGUCGUUGAAGGGAUGGUCUGCGACAGUUUUUUCGAUGUUGGUAUCGAUCCUUGUACGAUUGGUCUAGUUUCUGUCUCAUUCCGCUCCUAGUCUUCGAAACUUGUAUCUUAAAGUGAAAUAUCGUGUUAACAUGUAGAUUUAUAAUUAGUAUUUUUUGAUGUCACCCUAACUCAGGAUAGGCUCCGAGCCCCCAGUAGGGAUGUAUAUAGUAAAUGGUGAUUGAUGGAUUUUUACAAACAUUACGAAUUUGUAGUGUACAAAAAUGGAAGAUGUAUUUGGCGUGAUGGAGUAUUUAACAUUUUCUAAAUAUCUUUCAGUGCCGAAAACUAUUAAUAUGUAAAUAUUUUUUUAAUCCAAAAUAAAGACUAGUUUGUAAGAAAUGGUAUUGCAUUACCUUCAAUUUUCUUAAAGGAUUACUUGUACCUCUUGCCUUGAAGGUAUUGUGUUAUCGAAAAUCUAAAUUUUCAUAAAAAAUAAUCUACUAUCUACUUAAUAAGAUGUUGUUAAAAAUAUUUUUAUAAAGGUUUAUGCAAUAUGGAGUGUUACAAUAUGCAAAAGAAAAAAUUAGGUAAGGUUGAACUAUGGUAUUGUCCAAUAUGAUUCGGGAAUGUCCAUACAAAUCAUAAAUAAAGUAUUUAUCUUUUUAUUAAAAAUGAUAAAAUCAUAUAUUGAUUGUAAUGAAAAUGCCAUAUUAAGAUAUUAAAAUAGAAGUAUGGACACGAUAUUUAGCGAAUGAUAUAUUUUCUAAUAUUUCAGUUGAAAAAUAGAGAACAAUCUUAAUAAAUUUAAAUAUUACUUAAAGUAUAGCACAUGUUAUAUUAAAUUUUUUUUUAAGAAUGGGGUCUUUUUGCUAAUUAAUAAAAAAUAUUGUAGAAAUUACGAAGACAAAGACAAAAGAAGGAUUAAUAUGGACUAGUUUUAUUAUUAAUAAUGUACGCGACGUUUCGUCUUUUAUAUUGAAUUAAAUAUGAAUAAAUAAUUUUAACUGGUGUCUAAAAUAAGAUGCAAAGCUUAUUUUUAAUUAAAAUUAAAAAUCUCGGUAGUCUUGUGCAUUUUAUCGAAUCGUCGUUUCUUAAGCGGGCAAUAAUACAAAAGUUAAUCUAAGACUAGUUAAGACUUAAAAAAUCGGAAAAACAUGAAAAUAGAAGUUAUUAAACAAAGAUGAAUACCUCCAUAUUCAAUCGGGUAAUCUAGCGGUGUUCCACUUUAAAUACUCUCUUGAACGUUUUGUACGCAUUGAGACGACACCUAAAAGAGCUAAUAAAUGUGUAUGUACGCAAAAGGUCGGUCAUUUGUGCACGAAUUGCUUUUGAUAUUCGUCCCGGCGUUUGCGCAACUCACUGGUACCUCUUUGUAAGAGGCGGAGUUUGUCUCGUUGCAAGGAACAAGGCAAUUUUUCUAUAAUGGAACACCGCAAAGGAUUAAAGAAUGUAGAAUUACGUAUCAAAUGAUACUAGAAACUUUUGCCUUUGUAAUAUGAAAUGUUUUAAUCAGAAUAAUAUAUUCGUAGUCUUUUAACGAAACGAUGUUAUUUUAAUUCGACAAAAAAAUGUGCUCGAGUGACCUUGUAUUGUGAUUAAACAUAAAUAUUGGUAACAGAUAUGUGUGCUAAUAAGGAAUAAAGUAAAAGGAAUUCUUGUGAAGAACGUUUUGUAAUCUAGAUUUUAAAUUUAAUGUUAUAUCUGUUGAUUGAAUUAAAAUAAAUUAUAUAUUACAGAUAAGUUCUUGGCAAUGUCAGAUACCGAAUCGAGAAUAUGUUCUAUGUAGGUGCCAUUUCCAUAGUUGUGCCAUUCAUAUCUACUGUUACUCCAUAUUGAUGUACAUCUUAGAACGUGCAAUGUUUGAAACUUAUAAAACACUCUGUAGCAAUUGACAAAUAUGUGUUUAAUUUAAAAUAAACGUAUUGAUUAAUAA